AUGCAGGCUGGUGCCAGUGUCAACAUGGCACACUGGUCACAUGGAGGCAGAUACUCCCUUGCCAGUGACUUUGGGAAAAUGGUCACCUUAAGCCGCCCACCAACGUCAGGGCAUGUAGAGAGGUUUGGUUCUCCACUGGACGCACAUCAAUGUCCACGCUACACCGGUGGGUCAACGUUGUCCUCCACCCUGGGUGCCGCCUAUGCCUCUUACACCUCCUGUUGAGCUUGGUCACCUCUCCACCUCUCCACCUCUCCACCUCUCCAAGUCUCUUCUACUGCCAUGGCAGGAAUGACUGGAACAAUGGAAUUAAAUAGAUCUGAAUUAUAACAAGCUGGAGAGAGCUCAGUUGCCAUUGGCUUUGACGGAUAUGGAAUUAGUCUUGGGGGAUUCUGCUUUUUGAGAAUGGAUGGCUUUAUGGAGAUUUCCCAAUAUCUCAGUCGCUGACCAGUGCUGGUCAGACAGUGGUGUUGACUGGUGAAGCGGGUUAUGUGAGAUCUGUGUUUUUAGUAACAAACCGUGCAAUUAGUAUUUGUUUACAGAAAUCUUGUGGAAAUGUGGAAAUAACUUACGUAUGUAGGGCUAAUUUUCUAUGCAAAAUGAGCAACAAUUUAUCAACAUUAUUGACCUCAAAGCUUUCUACAAUUAAAUAAUUUUAAUGCCGUCCUUGUUUUUCAGACCUGGAAUCGAAAAUGAACUGGGCGUCCUUUUAUGCCGUCAUCAGCGGUGUAAACAGACACUCCACGGGCAUCGGUCGCAUCUGGCUCUCUGUCCUCUUCAUCUUCCGUAUCCUGGUCUUGGUGGUUGCAGCAGAGAGUGUGUGGGGCGACGAGAAGUCCGGCUUCACCUGUAAUACCCAGCAGCCCGGCUGCAACAGCGUCUGUUAUGAUCACUUCUUCCCCAUCUCACACAUCCGUCUGUGGGCCCUGCAGCUCAUCCUGGUGUCCACCCCAGCCCUGCUGGUGGCCAUGCAUGUGGCCCACCGCCGACACAUCGACAAGAAACUCUACAAGCUGUCUGGCCGGGCCAGCCCCAAGGACCUGGAGCAGAUCAAGACCCAGAAGAUGAAGAUCGCAGGUGCCCUCUGGUGGACAUACAUCAUCAGCUUGUUCUUCCGCAUCAUCUUUGAGGUGACCUUCAUGUAUCUCUUCUACAUGAUCUACCCUGGCUAUAAGAUGAUCCGGCUGGUCAAGUGUGACUCGUACCCCUGCCCCAACACGGUGGACUGCUUUGUGUCCAGGCCCACAGAGAAGACCGUCUUCACUGUGUUCAUGCUGGCUGUGUCAGGGAUCUGUAUCCUGCUCAACAUUGCAGAGGUGGUCUUCCUAGUGGGAAAGGCCUGCAGUAGGCACUUAAGCAAUGCUGGAGACUCAACCAUGGGAGCAUGGAUCACCCAAAAGCUCUGUUCCUACUAGAACAAACUAAAUGGACCAGCACUGUGUAACUGUAAUUGGGCACAUAUGUUCAAAGCUCAAAGUAACGGCCUUAACAACACUCAUUAAUUCUGCUUACAGUGCCAUGAUGAGGUGUUCACACUUUCUCUAUACUUGUUGAAAUGACACUUCAAAUAGAUAUGACUCAAAGGACAAUUUCAGUUUGGAUAUAAAACAAGCUCCAGAAGAGGAGACUGAAGAAACGUAUGGUAAACUGAUUUAUUAACAGUCCCUUACCUUGUAACGUCUCAAAUUUAGCUGAAUUCAAUAUGCAGUCACCUUCGAUAUACUCUGCAAGAUUCAAGCAACUAAACCAGCUCAUCAUCCAUUCUGUAUUAUGAUUCAUAAAUAGCUUUCAAUUCCUGACAGACAUUUUAAUCACUGAUAAUGCGGCAUCAUUAGGACAAAGCAUUGGUACCCCUGGUUUAUUGUAAAUAGUAACCCAAGAAAACUGUCCAACUGAUGAAUUUAACCAACAUUUGGUGGAGUAUUACUAAUAACUAUGAGGCUAUUCCAAAGCACUACUAAUAACUAUCUCACUUUCAUAGUGAAAUAUCAAAUGCUUCAAGACAUCCAAAUAGUGUUUUGAAUGCUAUGAAUGAGACUGAUUAUGCAAGUGUAGAGAGUAAAAUAGAAUAGUGAAUGAGAAAAUAUGCUUAGUUGAAGUUACAAUGAAAGAACCAAAUGAUUAGUGAACAUGUUUUCAUGUCUAUCUCAUAGUUUUUCUUACUAUAUACAGCAUUGCUGCUUUAAAACUAUUGUGUGUGUGAGAGAAAGGAUAAUAGAUGUUUAGAAUUUGUGGUACUGUAAAGUUUUUACUUCAUUAAAUAUAUAUAGUAUUUUACUUCCUGUUUUGUUGUAUACCAUGCCUUGUUAUGUUGAAUGUCUUGCACAUAUUUGUAUU